AUGCUCUCCGCUACGACCAAGGUUUAUUUUUCGGGCGACAAUGCUGCUCUUGGGCUAGCAUUUAUCUCCCUCCUAUUCGUCGUAUCCAAGCUUGCGCUCAAGCGCUAUGCCCAGCGCAAAAGAAAUCCACUUCGCCUCCCUUUUCCUCCAGGUCCACCAGGCAUCCCUCUCUUCGGAAACGCGCUCCAAGUCCCUCGAGAAAGGCCGUGCGAUGUUUACAGAGACUGGUCAAAGGAAUAUGGCUCUGAACUGAUUUAUCUCGAUGUGUUGGGUCAGCCUAUUGUGGUCCUAAAUUCUAUGGAAAGUGCUGUUGGUGUACUCGAGAAGAAGGCCGCCAACACAUCUUCUCGCCCUCUCACCCCAGCUCUUGAUCUGAUGCAAGUGCAGAAGUGGAACUUUCCUUUGAUGCCCUACGGACAUCAAUGGAGGGCUCGACGUCGUGCGUUCCACCAAGCUAUGAUGCCGGCCCGCAUUCCAGGGUAUCACAGUGUCAUUGAACAGGAGACGCGAGUGUUCCUGCAGCGCCUUGAGCUCCAACCGAGCAAUAUCUUGGCUGAGACCCAAAGGCUGGUGGGCCAGAUACUCAUCCGCGUUGCAUACGGGUCAGAGGAUUAUGACUAUAACCGGAAGCUCGUCGAGAAUUCACAGUACCUCGUCGACGUCGUAGGUGGAGCUCUACACCCGGGGAAGCUCUACCUGGUGAACGUCCUUCCAUUCAUUAAACAUUUGCCUCGUUGGUUCCCCGGUACUCAAGGGUGGCGGAUAAUCUUUGACGAGGUCAUCAGAGCGGCUGAUAGGGCACUCACACCGCCAUUCCUGGAUGCCAAGGAACGACUGACGAAUCGAGGUCAACAAUCAACGCAGUCCGAAGAACCUAGCUUGCUACGCACAUUGUUCGAGAGGAUGCCGCCGGCUGAUAGCCCUGAGCGCCAGGAACAAGAGGCCAUCGCAAGACAGGUUGCAGGUUUGUCUUAUAUCGCCGGAGCCGACACCACCCUCACUACCGCGCAUGCCUUAAUCUUUGCCUUCGCCAAAUUCCCCAAGGUACAACGAAAGGGCCAACAAGAGGUCGACACGUUCAUCGAAUCUACCGGUCGUGUCCCAAAGAUCAGUGAUAGAGGCCAGGUCCCCUAUAUCGAAGCUAUCAUAAAGGAAAUCCUUCGCUGGUUCAAUGCCGCCCCGCUUGGCUUGCCGCACCAAUCGACUGAAGACGAGGAAUACAAUGGGUACUUUAUUCCCAAGGGGACAAUCCUGCUUCCGAAUGCUUGGGCAAUCUUACACGACCCCAACAACUUCGAGAACCCAGAGGAAUUCAAGCCGGAAAGGUACCUAAGGAACGGGCAAGUCGACCACUCAAUUCCAGACGGAGAGUCUGCUGGAUUUGGAUUUGGAAGGCGUGUCUGUCCUGGGCGUAAUCUUAGCAAGGACGUACUCUUCUUCUUGACUGUCGGGCUUCUCGCUACCUUCGAGAUUCGUCCACCGUCGAAGAGAGACGAGAGUAAGCCCUUCGAAAUGGAACUCGUGCCUGAAGUGAUUGCCAAGGUCCUUCCCUUCGAUUGCGAGGUGGUCCCGCGCGCCACAAAGCAUCUCGAACUCUUCAAAUCUUACGAAUAA